GAGGGUCGCUUGUAGAAUCUGGGCUGGGCAAGGCAGGAUUGGCACAAAGCCCCCCUCGGGCUGCACCGCCGUCAGUGGAAGGCACAGCGGGGCAGAGACCUGGGAAUCAGACCCACGAAAGGGAGCAACACGGCACAGCUCAUCGCGGGGCUUCAGACGCCGCUAUGAACCCGGGGCAGUCUCGGUAUCCGUUGCGGACGCGGAGGGUGCCCAGGCGCUUGUACCUCGAUCCGCCGAGCCCGGAAUUUGACCAUGAGGAUAGCCCACUGGACAAGAACAGGCCCGACUAUAUGGAUCCUUGGAUUGUGAAUCUUCUGUUGGAGUACAAUGAAUCAAAAGACAGACUGGAAACACAGUAUGGGCAAGUCCUCAGGGUUUUGAAGGAUGCAGAUGGGCAGAACCCCGAAGCUGUUGUAAACAUUUCAGAUGGACAUCACUACAUUCAAACUGUGAUUCCAGCUAGAGUCAUUCAGAAGGCAAAAUGCUUUCCUCCACAGUCUGGGUUUUCCAGCAUACUUGGCCAGUUCAUUGUCAUCAAGAAUUUUAGGGUGUGCGUUAAAGAGGCAACCAAAGUGGAGGACAGUGGGUUCUACCUCAUAGUUGAUUGUUUCCAUCUUACAGCCAUGAAGAGAUGGGCAAUGAGGCAGCCGGAUUGCAACCAGGAGCCAUCGGUGCUGCAAAAGUUAAAGGAACUGUGGCUGAGAGGCCUUUCCCUGCGCCCUUUGCCCAGCUCAGAGCCAUUGUCUGUCUCUGAAGUAGUGUCAGAAAUGAAGCAGGACAAGCUCAGCAACUUAAAACAAAAAGUCGCGGAUUGCCUCUGUUCAUUGGACCCCAUCAAUCUGAUGGAUUCUGAGAAGCUGUCUGAAUAUCCUGACACCAAAUGGCAGGCAGAACGCAGGCAAGAUAAGUUGCAGUGCCGGGACAUCUUUACAGUCCCAGCCAAGUUCCUGAUGAUUAAUGCAGAAGAAGAGGCAGCACAGUCCAGCAGCAACCUGCCAAAGCCUUCUCACAUUGCCUCUGAUGAUGAAAGCAGUUUGGAUGGUGAUCCCAGCACUAUGUCAUUUGUCAAUGCAGAAGCUGAAACUGUUGAUGGCUCCUUUGAAAACCCUUGGGACAUAUUUCCAGGGAUGACCAUGACCUCCUCUCAGGAAAUGUCGGACCCUCAGCCCAGCCUUCCCAAUGCACAGCCGAUGCUCCUGGCUAGUACUGCUGAGGAAGAGGAGGCUGCAAGCUCCAGUAGCUGCACCCCAGAUGGCUUGCAAUGUUUUGACCCUGCACCGUACUGUAGUUCUACUCAGAUUGAGCCCAUGGAGUCGACUUCCCAAUCAUUGCUUCCUCCUUGCAAAGAAGGUGCCAAUCAGGAAUCCAGAUCCAGAGCAUCGGACGCUACAUGCAACACCAGCAAGAUUUCAGCUACUGGUGGCAGCAUUCCUUGUGGCCAGCCAUUGAAUUACUCAAAUUCCCCUGCCGGUGUGUGCGGCCUUUCUCCUGUCUGCCCCACCAUUAGGAGGACCCUCACGUCUAAGAUUUCAUCUGGAGAUGCAGAAGAAAGUCACCCGGCCCAUUUACAAAGGGAGACGGUGGUAGUGAGAAGAGCUGGAAAGAAAUCCCUGGCAACUUGUAGGGAAUGCAGGACAGCUAAAAGAAAGCUUGUGUCAAAUGAGGAGGGAUCUGUUGAAACGUCAUCCAGACACAAAGGCCAAGACUUGACUUCUGCUGUGGUUAAACUUAGUCGGUUAAAUGGAAAGCAAAUGGCUCAGAAGCAGCCUUUGGAAUUUGUGAAAGAGAGCACACCCAAGAAAAGCCGGAUCGAGGAGAUCCGUGUCCAACAUAUCCAAACAUCUUCUCAAUCCAGAUGUGCUGGGAAGCACUUAGAAAAAACGAAGGGACAAACAGUCACUACUGGAAGACCAACUGAUUCCUCUGGAGGCCAGCUUGGAGCAAAAAAGCAGGAGCAUGAGAGAAGAGCUGUUUCUCAUCACGUGUAUCAGCCUGCAUCAGCUGAACUCGGUUCCCAAGUACAGUCUACAAGGAUCUCAAGAGCACAGCUCGGAUGGGCACGCUGGGUUCUCAGGAAUGGGCAGAGGCCCCAGUCAUGAAUGAAGCUUCUUGGGCUGCUAAGGCUGGGUGAAUGUAACACCUUGGUGACACCGAUCCGAUGCAGCAUGACAUGGACCCUCUGCUCAAAGGAACUGGGCAGCUCUCCAUCGCUCCUCUCGAACAGCCUCUUCUGCGGAGAAACCGUAGGGCAAAUCUAGGCACCCUCACUACAUCACCAUGGCAUCGCUCGGUGUUUCCGCAGCACAGGCCGGAACCUGCCCAGGUGCCAACUUUCAACAAUAACUAUCUGCUCUCGCUCAGACAGCCCAGCUGAGGAGGUAUCAAAUCUGUUGCCUCACCUCAGCCCACGAAUGGAUCUAAGGGUCUCUUGAGCCAGCAGAUGCCCCCUUUCCCUGCCCACACCUAAGGCCACAAGGAGUCUCCACUGCCCAGAGGCGUAGCGAGGGAAAAUGGCACCCAGGGCAACACCUGCCCCGGGUGCCCCACCAUGCCACGACCACCACCAUGCCUUCCCCGUGCCCCACUUACCUUAGGUGGCAGCGGUCCCGGGCAGCCUGGCAGGGCUGGGCCUGACGGGGCCAAGGGGCAACCUGUGGCAGCCCAGCCAGGCUGCUCCUUCAGGAAGGAGUAGCCUGGCGGGGUGGGGCCGGGCCAAGGGGGGAAGGAGGAGGGGUGUGGGGACGAUUUUCCACCCCCCACGUGACCAAAUGGCAGCCUGCCCGGUGUAUAUAUUCCCAUGUGUCCCUGUGGAGGCUCUGUCUCUGCCCGCUUGCCUGCACAGGAAGGAAUCAGGCAAGGGAGACAGGUGCCCAGACAUUAUUGUGCCACAUCCCUUUCUCCUCAAAGCAGAUAACAGCUACAAGAUAUGUGGGCUUGUUUUACUACCCAAUACAGACUGACGUGUCCAUCAAAAACACAUCCUUUCUGUUCUCUCACCUAUAUGGGCAGUUUUGGUCCCUGAGCGGAACCAGUGAAAAAUGCAGGACCAAUUUUUGUGCAGCUGCAUUGAAAGAGGAACUAUUACGUCUAAACAGACCAGGAAGCCAUUUUUGCAGAAACACUUGCCAUAUUCUGACCUGAGACAUAACCCAAUGAUAAGUUUUCCUCCUUGUGUCUGUGUGAUAAAAUGUGUAUUCUAAAUUCUGUGCUGGAAAGUUAAUCCAAGGCACAUCUGGACCAAAUCUGGAUCAGGUUCAUGGUGAUGGGGCUGAAGCCGUCUCUGCCAAAUCACUUUCCUUACCUGAAACAGCCCCAGGGGCUGCAUCUAUUUGCCCAGUUGUGGAAACCUAUGUGUACUCCAUGAGUGUACACGGACCCCCAAUGGGUCCAUCCUUCCUAGUGAUGUUUCAGAUCAGGAAACCAGUCUAGAAGGGAGUCUGAAGCCCCUUCUGUCUGUGCUCUAAAGUCUCAAUUGGACUCACAUAUGGUUGAGAUAAGUUUCCAACACAGAACUUCUAAUAUUUGAUUGUGCAGACCUCCUGACUGGGAAAUACUUAUACCUUUGGAGAUAGAGCUCACGGAGGGGUAAUCUGGACAGAUUUCACAUAAAAUUUAUGAUAUAUCGUAGAGUCUGUCUCUGAAGCUGCCAUUCGCUCCAGGGGAACUGAUCUCGGUAGUCUGGAGAUCAAUUGUAAUUUCAGGGGAUCUCCAAACCCCUCCUGGAGAUUGACAAUCCUAUAUGCAGACCAGGGAAGGAAAACUUGGCGUGUAUUUAGGUUCUGAGAACCAUCACAUUCUUGGCCUUUAAGGACCCAGUAGGAACGGUCAGCCAUUUCCCUAAGCCAAGUAGGAAAAUAAGAGAGACUUACUUUCUCGUGUCUCACCCCGAGUGACUCUUCAUCCUCCCCGGACAGGAGUAUCAAGGACUGGGAUUUUCCCUCCCGGGAGUAAUUAGUCCUGGUUCUGCGAGAACUGUCAGGGGUCUGACUUUGUUCCAGGGGGCUUCUGCUGUCCCCAGCCAGCCCUCCUUCUUCAGACUUGCUUAGUCUUUUCGGGGAUUCACUGGCUUUGCUGGGAACCCUCAGAAUGUCGCUCAGCAUCAGCCUUCUGACCCUCGUGGCUGAAGGGCUACCCUCGGGCUCCUUCUCUGGCCUGGUGGCCCGGCCCGACUUGGGCUUCUUGAAGGCAAAGAAGUGUCCUAUUUUCUUUUUGAGGGUCCGAGAGCCAGAAGAAGUUGGCGCGGCCAAUACCGGAGAGGUUUCUGACAGAACAGGGCUGUAGUCAGGUGGCAGAGAGAAAAACAGGAUGAUUUGAGGAGCCGCCUCAAAAACAUGCAGCUUUAGGUGGGGCGAUAAUUCAGGGCAGAGGCAUAGCAAGGGGGAAAGUGUCCAGUGCACUGGUGCAUACUCUGCCCCUGCCACGCCCAUGUCUGCUCCGUCCCGCCACACCCCGGAAUGCCCUCACCACAUCCCCACAGGAGCGCGCGCCCGGUGCGUCGUGCACCCCCUGUCCCCUUGGAGCUACGCCUCUGAUUCAGGAUCCCCAGUAAAUUGGCACGGGUGGGGCCCUAUUAGCACAAAUAUGCUCACUUCACUUUGGAAAGGUAUAUAGGCAGAUUAAUCUUUCUUUGUGGCAGAGGCUGAUCAGAAAUCCCAAGAGCACUGACUUGUCCUCAGCAGAAUUUGGCUAUUUUAGAUCCCUCUUCCUAGAAAUGUUCCGGGUCGUUGUUGAAUUACAUGAUGAUACUCGCUGGCGCUGCACGAUAAUGCAGGCAGACGCCAGACUCCAAUUAGAAAGUACAUUUUCAGCAGAGGAUAUAGAACAUUUGGCUGGCUUAAUGUGCAAACAGAUACACUCAGGAGAACAUGCACACGGAAGCUUCUGCCUCUUACGUGGUUGUGCAGCCCAUGCCUAUCAAAACCAUCGUCAUUUGUGGCAGCCUACUACAGGAACAGAGGUUGCAAGCCAGCACGGCACAGCGGUUGGGGUGAUUGGACUAGGAUUUGGGGGAAUCAGGUUCGAAUUCCCACUCUGCCAUGGAAGCUUGCUGGGUCACUUUGGGUCAACCAUACAACCUUAACCUGCUCCACAGGAUGGUUGUUGUGAGAAUAAAAUGAAGGAGGGGCAAACAAUGUGGCCAUCUGCUUUGCAUCCCCAUUGGAGAGAAAAGCAGGGGAGAAAUAAGUGCAUAAAUAAAAGAAGGAAAGCUCCAUGGGAGAGAGGAAAAAUCAGCUCACAGCACUAGAUGAAAGUUGGCAUGCUUAAAAUGGGUCCCCAGAAUAGGCAGCAUGACAUAUUCAGAGCACUCAGUGGGCAAACGUUCUUUGUGCAGCUGCAGGAGAAGAUAGGUGGUUGGCUGCCAAUGCAUAGGAACAAUGAGAAGACAUAUUCUUGCAACCAGCCCUGAGGCUUUGCGGGAUCCUUGUAUGUUAGAUCCCAGCAUCUGAAGUCCAACCCCGGACUGCACUGUCAUAAACAUAAUCCGAGCUCAUAAUCCAAGCAGUUGACUAUAAAAAUGGUUAAGCCAACUCUAACCAUACUUCCUCAAGUGCAAGUUUUAAAGUCUUUUUUCCGCUGAUAUCAGAUCCUUGACUGUCACCAUGUUCUAUAAAAAGCAGCCCCAGCCCCCCAGCCCCAAAUUUCCACACUCCCCCCCACUUUUUGUUGGCUUGAAGCUCCCAGAUUGAGUCAAAGUCUUCACUUACGGUAACUGUUCAUGAAUCACCUUCUUUGAGAAGAAGUCAUCUAAGCCUUCAUCCAGCCUCGAGAUGCUUCGGUCUUCAUCGUUCUCACGCACUGCUGGCUGCACCUAGGAGCAAGAGCGACAGUCAGAGCAACAAACAGGAGACAUGAGAAAAUGGUAGGUAGGAACUGGCUUAUCUUCUGUAUCCUUUCAAAGUUAUGCGGCACUUUGACAAUUGAUAUUGAAAAGGUGGUGUAUAAAUGUAACAGACAAAAAACCCAGCUUCCCUGGGGAGAGAUUUCUUUGUUCCUGUGAUAAACUCAGAGAGAAGAAAUAAACAAACUAUCUGGACAGCCACCAUAUGCUUUGAGAUCUAUCAAGAUUUGGGUCUAGAAAAGUCUGUAUUGAAACUUCAUGAAAUAGCAUGCCAUGGGAAUAAUGGCAGGGCAGAGAGUCCAAGAACUGGCACUCACAUCUGCAGUAUUAAGUAACAGAUGUGUAUACUGAGUGGAGAAGUGUGGUCCUUCCUAGUGGUCAAAAAUUUCCCGAGGAUCUUGACUUCUGAAUCAUCAACAGCAUUGUAUUGUCGGUAUCCGGAAUUUUAUCUUCUCUACAAAACAAACCAAGCUUUCUAUAUUUAAACGUCUAUUGUCAAUAUUCAGAAUUCUCUUCUCUAUAAAUCAAACCUCUUGUAUGUACACAUUUGGAUUGUUAGCCUCUGUAACAACUCCAUCCUGGUAAAAUCCUGCAAAUUCA